AUGUAUCAACGCGCCCUACUCUUCUCUGCGCUCUGGAGCGCGGCUCACGCUCAGCAGGCCGGGACUCAGACCGCGGAAACUCACCCAGCCCUGACCUGGCAGAAAUGUACUGCUGCUGGCAGCUGCACGGAGCAGAGUGCUUCCGUGGUCAUUGAUUCCAACUGGCGAUGGGUUCACUCCGUGGACGGCACCAACAACUGCUACACCGGUAACACUUGGGAUGCCUCUUUGUGCCCCGAUGACAAGACUUGUGCUUCGAACUGUGCUCUGGAUGGCGCCAACUACGAGUCCACCUACGGUGUCACCACCAGCGGUGAUGCCUUGACCCUCAAAUUCGUCACUGGGUCCAACGUCGGCUCCCGCCUCUAUCUCAUGGACACCAGCGAUGAGAAGUAUCAGACAUUCGAUCUUUUGGACGCCGAGUUUACCUUCGACGUCGAUGUGUCCAACCUCCCUUGCGGGCUGAACGGCGCCCUGUACUUCACCGCAAUGGACGCCGAUGGUGGUGUAUCUCGAUUCCCCACCAACAAGGCCGGUGCCAAGUACGGAACGGGAUACUGUGAUUCGCAGUGCCCGCGGGAUCUGAAGUUCAUUGACGGACAGGCAAACGUAGAAGGCUGGACCCCGUCCACCACCAACUCCAACUCGGGCGUCGGCGAUCACGGAUCCUGCUGCCCGGAGAUGGACAUCUGGGAAGCGAACAAGAUCUCGACCGCUUUCACCCCUCACCCCUGCGACUCGGCCACCCAAGUGAUGUGCUCGGGCGACGACUGCGGCGGAACCUACUCGUCCAGCCGCUACUCCGGCACCUGCGACCCCGACGGAUGUGACUUCAACGCCUACCGCAUGGGCAACGAGACCUUCUUCGGCCCCGGAAAGACCGUGGACUCCAACUCGAAGAUGACAGUCGUGACCCAGUUCAUCAAGGGCAGCUCCGGCUCCCUGUCCGAGAUCCGCCGCUACUACGUGCAGAACGGCAAAGUGAUUGCCAACGCUGCCUCCGACGUGAGCGGCGUCUCCGGCAACUCGAUCACCUCCGACUUCUGCACGGCCCAAAAGAAGGCCUUCGGCGACGAUGACAUCUUCACCAAGCACGGCGGCCUCUCCGGCAUGGGCGAUGCCCUCUCGUCCAUGGUCCUCAUCAUGAGCCUGUGGGAUGACUCGUACGCCAGCAUGAACUGGUUGGACAGCCACUACCCCACCACCGCGACCGCCACCGACCCCGGUGUUGCUCGCGGCACUUGCGAGACCGGCGAGGGAGACCCCAAGACGGUCGAGUCGGCCCACUCCGAUGCUUCCGUGACCUUCUCCAACAUCAAGUUCGGCCCGAUCAACUCCACCUUCAGAGCAUAA